AUGCAGCUGAUUAUUUUGCGCCGAAUUUCCCUUCACUUUUUUCCUCGGUCUGCGGUAGAUCUUGGCUAUUCCCCACGCUCUUCCUCCAGCCAUAUUCAGGAUUCAUGCUGUGUUCUUUCUUCAUUAUCUUUGGUACAUUCUGAUGUACAUUCAUAUCACGGCUUUGGUAUCACACAAAUUGAUUCUCAUAAUUCUCAAAUACCAUCGAUUCCUGGUACUGUUUACCAGGCGGCUUGCCUAACUAUCUAUGUUGAAUACGCUCGAGUCGUCUGCCUUUUACUUAGGCUUGGUAUACUUUCUGCUGCUAAAGAACGCUUACCAUCAGUUAUCGUUAAUUUCCCCUCC